AUGGACCAUGCACAUGUAUGGCUUAUUUUUAGCAUACAUGAUCUUGUGUAUUGUGUAAUGACCUUGUUUUGACCCUUACAGUCAAAUAUACAGCAAAAUAAGUAGAGUUACUUGGUGCUCAUCUAUUUGAACAAUCACCUCCAUCAAAUUUAAAAAUGUCUCAUUUUCAAAAACCUGUCUAUUUGCAAUAAAUGUGACAUUGGCAAGGUUGUAACAAGUUUUUGUGCAACUCCAAUUACCAUCACGGCCACACACGAAAAAAUUCAUUUAAAAGUACCCUGUUCAGAUGAUUAAAAAUGUAAGAAAGGAAUGUCUUUCACAAUCGAAAAAUGAUCCCUGGCAGAUUAGAUGGGGAAUAGUGGAUUAGUAAUGUGAGAACAAAGGUUGACUAUACAUACGCCACAUAAGAAAACUGAACAUUACCAAAGUUAGAUAUGUAAAGAAGUUCGAACACCUCAACCUGGUAAAAAAACGAAUCGAUUCAAUGGAGAGUCCCAAGGUCGCAAAGAAGGAAGUCAGAAAUUCUUCUACAGGGAAAAAAACUAGGAACCUAAAAUGGUUGACAAACGAAAGGAAAGACGAAUUCUUGGCGAUUCGAUUGGACCAAGUGUCAAUGUCAAGUGUAUCGGAUUUUAUUGGACAGGGCGUUUCCCGUUCUCCCAUCGAUGAACGCGUGCCCCAUGGAGCGAAACCUUUUCGCCCAGGUAGCUAUAUAAAGGCCAGAGGACGUGGUGGACACCAUGAGAACAGAACAAGGCACCUUGGCGAGUACUGUGCUUCAGAUAGCGUUUAAGGAGCCACAUUUUGUUCAUCAUGAAUACUCUGAUCAUUUUCUCCACUAUCCUAGCAGCAGCCUUCGCUCGACCGAGCGUGCUGCUGUCCCCCCAGGUGGCGACACUGUCAGCACCGGUGGUCGCCCGACUGGUCCCCGGAGCUCCCAUCGGCCUAGACGGCCGAGUGGUGGACACCCCGGAAGUGGCGUACGCCAAAGCGGAACACGCAGCGGCCCACAUCAACGAGAGGAUCACCCUAGCCAACGAAGCCGUCAAAUCGGCCGACGUGAUCGCUUACGCGUCUCCAGUAGUCGCCACCGGAGUGCAACCGCUCGCCAUCGCCAAACUGGUGUCCUCCGCACCUGUAGGACCCGAUGGACGAGUUGUCGACACGCCGGAAGUGGCGUUCGCCAAGGCGGAACACGCGGCGGCUCACAUCAACGAGAAGCUCGGUCACAUCGCGGAGGCCGGGAAAUCGGUGCAGGUUCCUCUCGUCAUCUCGACGUACUCCUCCCCGCUGUUUCAGAAAUACAUUCUAUAAGGACGGAACGAUGCAUCUGGAACGCUGAAAAUUGACGACGUUGGUUCUUGUACAUACUCUCCUGAAAUAUAUUUAAGAGAGCGGCUGGUUUUUGUAAUUUUGACUGCUUGAAGACAGCUAGAAGAAUUGUUCAUUCUUGAAACUUUAUUAUAUCUCUUGGGAAGUUUCGUUUGCGAGCAGUUGUAGUGUAAUUAUUUUUUAAGGUUAGGUUAAGAAUUUCGUGUACUCAUGAAGCAUUGUAAAUUUGGAAAUUGUCUUUCGAAUUUUGCUGUCUUUUUUUGGAUUCGUGAAUAAAUUUGACUACGUGGAACCAAUCCUUUAUUACUAUUUUGAAUACUUCCAUUUUAUUUCAGGUCCUGAUCUUUCGCAAACC